GCUGACGGGGGCAGCCCCUUGUUUACUGGCCGGAGAGGCAGCCGCCAGCCCGGCCUGCGCUGGAAGGGGCCGCUGGAGCCGGGGCUGACACAGAGGGGCAGGGAGGGGCCCGGGCGCUAUAAAGGGGGGGGCGCGGAGCCUCACCCCAGUCUUUUACCGACGAUGCGAAGCCGGGCCCGGCCCCCGCGCCCGCCCCGCGGCCUCUGAUUCGCCCCCGCCGGGACGCGCCGAGCCGCGGCGGCUGCAGCAGCAGCGACGCGGGCAUGGGACCGAGAGCGGCGGCGGCGGUGCUGGCCGUGGCCGUGGUGCUGGCGGCCUGGUGCGGCCGGAGCCGUGGCGAGAUUUGCAGAAGCAUGGACAUCCGCAACAAUCUGACCCGGCUGAACAUGCUCGAGAACUGCACCGUCAUCGAGGGCCACUUGCAAAUCUUGCUGAUGUUUAAAACCAAGCCUGAAGAUUUCCGUGAGCUCAGCUUCCCUAAACUCACUAUGAUUACAGACUACUUGCUUCUCUUUCGUGUGUACGGUCUGGAGAGUUUAAAGGGACUUUUCCCCAACCUCACUGUGAUUCGAGGAACUCACCUGUUCUUUAACUAUGCGCUGGUCAUUUUUGAGAUGGUUCAUCUGAAGGAGAUCGGCCUCUACAACCUGAUGAACAUCACUCGAGGCGCUGUGCGGAUCGAGAAGAACAACGAGCUAUGUUACUUGUCCACAAUUGACUGGUCGAGGAUUUUGGAUUCUGUAGAAGAUAAUUACAUCGUGGCCAACAAGGACGACAAAGAGGAGUGUGGAGAUGUGUGUCCCGGCACUGUGAAAGGGAAGAGCAACUGUCCUCCUACUGUGAUAAACGGCAUCUUCAUUGAACGCUGCUGGACGCACGAUCGCUGUCAGAGAGUGUGUCCACCUGCCUGCAAGUCCCAGGGCUGCACCUCCGAUGGUCAGUGCUGCCACAGCGAGUGUCUGGGGGACUGCACAGAGCCCAACAACCCUGAGAAAUGUGUGGCUUGCCGCAACUUCUACCUGGAAGGCAGAUGUGUGGACACCUGCCCACCCGGUUACUACCGCUUUGAGGGCUGGCGAUGCGUGACCUUCAGCUUCUGCCAGGAGCUGCACAACAAGUGCAAGAAUGCCCGGGAGUCGGGCUGUCACGUUAUCCACAACAAUGAAUGUGUUCACGAGUGCCCCUCGGGCUACAUCAUGAAUUCCAGCAACUUGCACUGCACCCCCUGCGCAGGGCCCUGCCCAAAGGUUUGUGACUAUGGGAAGGAGAAGACGAUCGAUUCGGUGACAUCGGCUCAGGAGCUCCGCGGCUGCACGGUUGUUAAUGGAAGCUUAGUAAUAAAUAUCCGUGGAGGAAAUAACAUAGCAGCUGAGCUAGAAGCGAAUCUUGGCUUGAUAGAAGAAAUCUCAGGUUACCUAAAAAUUCGCCGGUCUUAUGCCUUGGUUUCUCUUUCUUUCUUCCGUAAACUGCAUCUGAUUAGAGGAGAAACACUAGAAGCUGGGAAUUAUUCCUUUUAUGCCUUGGAUAACCAGAAUCUUCGGCAGCUCUGGGACUGGAGUAAGCACAACCUCACUAUUGCACGAGGCAAACUCUUCUUCCAUUAUAAUCCCAAACUAUGUUUGUCGGAAAUUCACAAGAUGGAGGAGAUCUCUGGGACUAAGGGGCGUCAGGAAAGGAAUGACAUAGCCCUGAAGACGAAUGGGGAUCAAGCUUCAUGUGAAAAUGAAUUGCUGAAGUUUUCCUCCAUUAGAACUUCUCAUGACAAGAUCCUGUUGAAGUGGGAGCCGUACUGGCCUCCGGAUUUCCGUGAUCUCCUGGGAUUUAUGCUUUUUUACAAAGAAGCUCCAUACCAAAAUGUGACGGAGUUUGAUGGCCAAGAUGCCUGUGGAUCAAAUAGCUGGACAGUUGUGGAUGUUGACCCACCGCCACGGUCAAAUGAGCCCAAAGCCCAGGCCCAGCCAGGCUGGCUCCUGAGGGGUUUAAAGCCAUGGACACAGUAUGCUGUAUUUGUUAAAACCCUCGUCACCUUCUCAGAUGAACGAAGAACUUAUGGUGCAAAGAGUGAAAUCAUCUACGUGCAGACCAACGCUACUGUUCCAUCAGUCCCAUUAGAUCCAAUAUCUGUUUCCAACUCUUCGUCCCAAAUCAUUCUGAAGUGGAAGCCACCCUCAGAGCCCAAUGGAAACAUUACACACUACCUGGUGUUCUGGCAGCAGCAGGCAGAAGAUAGUGAGCUUUAUGAACUUGAUUACUGCUUAAAAGGAUUAAAACUGCCCUCAAGGACGUGGUCUCCUCCUUUUGAAUCUGAAGAUCCUCAGAAGUAUAAUCAAAGUGAAAAUGAGGAUGUCAGUGGAGAAUGUUGCUCGUGUCCUAAAACAGACUCCCAGAUACAAAAGGAGCUGGAGGAGUCUGCUUUCCGCAAGACAUUUGAGAACUACCUUCACAAUGAGGUUUUUGUCCCCAGGCCGUCAAGAAAGCGAAGAGACCUUGGCUCUGUGGCAAAUGCCACUGUGGUGAUACCCACCAUGGCGUCCUCUCCCAACAACUCUGCAGCACAGUUGGAGAACGCAGAGGAGCAGAAACCUUUUGAAAAGGUGAAGUCUAAAGAGUCUUUGGUGAUCUCAGGCCUGCGGCAUUUCACUGGGUACCGCAUUGAGCUGCACGCCUGUAACCACGAUGCACAGGAAUCCCGAUGCAGCGUUGCAGCGUAUGUCAGUGCCAGGACCAUGCCAGAAGCUAAGGCUGAUGACAUCGUUGGUCCAGUUACACAUGAACUGGUUGAAAAAAACACCGUGCAUUUGAAGUGGCAAGAACCAAAGGAGCCAAAUGGUCUUAUUGUACUGUAUGAAGUGAAUUAUGGACGUCUUGGGGAGACAGAGGAAGCUCACUACUGCGUGUCCCGUAAGCAUUUUGCCAGUGAGCAGGGCUGUAAACUCCGUGGACUGCAGCCUGGAAACUACAGUGUCCGUAUCCGAGCUACGUCACUGGCUGGGAAUGGCUCAUGGACAGAACCCACCUAUUUUUAUGUGGCCGAUUACUUGAAUGCUCAGCCUAAUAUUGCUGUUAUAAUUGUGCCGAUUAUUUUUGCCAUCAUUAUUGCUGGAAUUAUUGGAGCUGCUUAUGUGCUUGUGAAAAAGAGGCAAACCGAAGGACCAACUGGACCACUCUACGCAUCCUCUAACCCUGAAUAUCUGAGCGCCAGUGAUGUCUAUGUCCCUGACGAAUGGGAGGUUCCACGCGACAAGAUCACUCUCCUCCGAGAGCUGGGACAGGGCUCCUUCGGGAUGGUGUAUGAAGGAAUUGCCAAGGACAUAGUGAAGGGAGAGCCAGAGACUCGAGUAGCUGUGAAAACUGUGAACGAAUCAGCCAGCCUCCGCGAGCGCAUCGAGUUCUUAAAUGAAGCUUCUGUGAUGAAAGGCUUCAGCUGCCAUCAUGUGGUUCGCCUCCUCGGGGUAGUCUCCAAAGGGCAACCUACUCUGGUGGUCAUGGAGUUAAUGGCACACGGAGAUCUGAAAAGUUACCUUCGCUCUUUAAGACCUGAUGCUGAGAAUAACCCCGGUCGUCCACCACCAAUGCUGAGAGAAAUGAUCCAGAUGGCUGCAGAGAUUGCUGAUGGCAUGGCCUAUCUGAAUGCCAAAAAAUUUGUUCACAGGGAUCUUGCAGCUCGUAACUGUAUGGUUGCAGAAGACUUCACUGUAAAAAUUGGAGACUUUGGCAUGACCAGAGAUAUCUACGAGACAGAUUAUUACCGUAAAGGAGGCAAAGGACUGCUGCCUGUGCGGUGGAUGGCACCGGAAUCACUGAAGGAUGGUGUUUUCACUGCUUAUUCUGAUGUGUGGUCAUUUGGUGUUGUCCUUUGGGAAAUCAGCAGUUUGGCAGAGCAGCCGUACCAGGGACUCUCCAACGAGCAGGUGCUGAAGUUUGUCAUGGAUGGGGGAUACCUGGAUCAGCCAGACAACUGCCCGGAGAGGCUGCACAGCCUGAUGCAGAUGUGUUGGCAGUACAACCCCAAAAUGCGCCCCACCUUCAUCGAGAUCAUUGAGAUGCUGAAGGAGGACUUGCACCCCAGCUUCCACGAGGUCUCGUUCUUCUACAGUGAGGAGAACAAACCUCUGGAAACGGAGGAGUAUGAGAUGGACUUCGAGAACAUGGAGAGCAUUCCCCUCGAUCCCUCCUCGUACUCGCAGAGGGACAAAGUCCUGGGUCGGGACAAUGGACCCUCCAUGGCCCUCAAGGGGAACUAUGAAGAGCACAUACCUUACACUCACAUGAACGGUGGCAAGAAAAAUGGGCGGAUUCUCUCCAUGCCCAGGUCGAGCCCUUCCUAACGCUUCCCGUUUGGCCCAAGGGUUGUGUCUGCUUUUUUCCCCUCCACAGAUCUCAGGACUCUCGUUAUUGCUGCCACAGUGUAUGACACACAUCUAUGAACUCGUCAGAUUUUUAAUCAUCUUAUGAUUAAUACUUUAUUAUUGUCUUUCUUUUGCCAAGUUGACUGGCUGUCAGUGGACUUAUCUGUGAACAUAAAUGGAAGAGGUUUCCAUGGCUGCUGUCCCUCUGUAACCAUGGUUUCAAAACAGGAAGCCACCGUGUACGUUCAACUGAAGGAGGAGCCUCCACGGUUGCCAACAAGAGACGUGAAACACGCUGGUAUCUGAGCUACAGGGUGGAACAAAACUGCAGGACAGGAGCAUUUCCAGUCAAAUUCCAGGCUUUCAGGCAUUCUCUUCACUACAGCUGAAGGAUUCAACACAUCAGACGGACGCGCCAGGUCCUCACGUUGACCAAGAGCUGCUGCUUUCAUACUUUUUCAAUGGGUUAAAUCCCAGGGGUGCGUGCGUUUGUGUGUGCAGUAUAUAUAUGUGGGGUGUAUAUGUAUAGCAAAAUAUACACCUCUGGGGUUUUGUACAUAAGUUUUGUAUGUUCUCACAGAAGCUUUCCUCUUCUCGGAAGCGUCUGCUUCUCUUUUUUUCCCAUUUCCCUGGAGUGACUGAAUCCCAAACAGAUUAUUUUUAUACUGAGGACUCUUGGGAGUAGGUUUUCUCUCAUUAAAAGACAAAAAAAAACAAAAAAAAAAUGAGGAAAAUGUGCUGGGAGCCAAAGGAGCAGAAAUCUGAGAUUUGUGGGUACCUUUCAAGACCAAACGGAGUUGGAGUCCCCUGCCCUCUCUGAGAGCGGAGUUUUCUGUCCUUACAGCAUUGAGUAUAUAUAUUGUUUGUUGUAACAUAUUUAAGAAUAUCUUUAGUUUAAGUUUUAACUUCAUAUAAAUUAUUGACUGUUUAGGAUCCUUUCGGGGAGGGGAUAAUUUGGGGGAUUGUUUGGUCUUAAAGUGGUCCAAAGAUUUCAGAAUGAACUAAUUUUAGCCCAUUACCCUUUUAGGAGCUAUGAAGCACAUGUUAAGUUUAUACUUGACAAAGCUUUAUAAUACAGUUUCAUGAUUUAUACAGUGCAGUCAGCCAGCUCCAGCUGAAGCCCUGAGAUAAAGUAGUUGGGACUUCACUUGGUUGGUGAGGGCUGAACGACACCAGAACAUCCCCAAGCCCGAGUCCUGCUACCCCUUUGUCCCCACGUCCCUUGUGUUGCCUUCUGUGCUGCAGAAACAGCCAGCGAGAGGGGACGAGCAAGAACUCUGACCUUAAAAAGCGACACUAAAGCCAAUCCAAAGCAGGAGAGCUCGAGGCUCUUGGCUCUGCACGUGAAGCAGGAGCCGAAUGGGACUGUGGUCAGCUGCGUGCUGCCCAUCUGCUGCUGCUCGGGCGUCUGGCCUCGUGCUGCCUGCGGACCUCCCGUGUUUCCCUCGGAUUCCCUGUGUCCUGCCCAGGCCGCUUGCAGCUCUUUGGGAUGUCAGCUUUCGUCUUCUGGACUGUGCUUUGUUUUGCUGCUGUUUGCAUAAAAGACCGAGCUGGUCAGCAUAA